AGGCUCUUCAGCAACAGGAGGAUGGACGAUGAGUAGAAGUAGCUUCACAUAGGAUGGAGAUCUCAUUGGGCUUGCUGUUCCUGGGCCACCUAAUAGUGCUCACCUAUGGCCAUCCCACCCUAAAAACACCAGAGAGUGUGACAGGGACCUGGAAAGGAGAUGUGAAGAUUCAGUGCAUCUAUGAUCCUCUGAGAGGCUACAGGCAAGUUUUGGUGAAAUGGCUGGUACAACGUGGCUCUGACCCUGUCACUAUCUUCCUACGUGACUCCACUGGAGACCAUAUCCAGCAGGCAAAAUACAGAGGCCGCCUGAAAGUGAGCCACGAAGUUCCAGGAGAUGUGUCCCUCCAACUGAAUACCCUGCAGAUGGAUGACAGGAAUCACUACACAUGUGAGGUCACCUGGCAGACUCCUGAUGGAAUGCAAGUAAGAAGAGAUCAGAUCAUUGAGCUCCGUGUUCAGAAAUACCCCUAUAAUCCACCUAGAAUCAGUACUGAAGCACUUACAACCAUGCACUCCUCUUUGGAAGCAACAACUAUAAUGAGUUCAACCUCUGACUUGACCACUAAUCGGACCACUGCUGGCCCAGGAAGGAACCUGCCAAUCUUUGCCAUAAUCGUCAUCAUCUCCCUUUGCUGCAUAGUAGCUGUCACCAUACCUUAUAUCGUGUUCCGCUGCAGGACAUUCCAACAAGAGUAUGUCUAUGGUGUGAGCAGGGUGUUUGCCAGGGAGACAAGCAACUCUAAAGAAACCACAAGGGUGACUACCAUUCCAAGUGAGUACUUCAAUAAUGAACCAGAUUCCCAGGCUCUGAUCAAUGACUAUUCUGAUGAUCCUUGCCUCAGCCAGGAGUACCAAAUAACCACCAGAUCAACAACAACUAUUCCUGCCUGCUGAACACAGUUCCCAGAAAUUAAGAAGUUCUUGCUACUGAAGAAAAUAACAUCUGCUAAAAUGCCCCUAAAUCAAGGUCUACUACCUGUCAAGGUCUAAUUACCUGUGACUUACUCAGUUCUUGACUUCAACAUAGCUUUCUCCCUGGCUUUCUCUCUUCCUAGACAAUCUAAAGUAUCUAUCUAGUCUGCCAAUUCUGGGGCCAUUGAGAAAUCCUGGGUUUGGCUAAGAAUAUACUAUAUGCACCUCAAGAAAUCUAGCUUCUGGACUUGGCCCAGGACACUUUUCUUUCUGGGGCCUUCACAACUCUUCUCCAAACACUGGAGAAAUUUACCAUAGCAGUAGAGGUUAUUUAUUAUGCCUCUAGGAAUCACUAAAAAGAAUAAAAUCAGAUGAGUCUCAGUCCUACCAACUCAGGCAAACACCUGUGUCCAGGAUUACUCCCCUUUCUCUAGGGCCAGGUGACUUUUAAUUGAUAUUACUAUUGCUACACUGUGAAUCUAAUGCACUUGUAUUCUUUUGAUGUUAAUAAAUGUUUAAUCAUUAUGGCAA